AUGGAAGUAGACGAGGAGUCGCACGAGGACGUGAGGAUGGACGAACCAAUCGAAUUGUCAACCACGGAGGAGGGUUUACCAUCUAUCAACGAAGUCCGAUUGACGACACGGGUUCUUGAGCUUGAACAGGAGAAGGAAGAUUUACAAAAACAACUUGAUCAAUUUCGAAAAAGACAAAUUCCCCCUGAGAUUUUGGAAAGCAACAGGAUACAUAUCCCCCACGACCUCCUUCCCGUUUUAAACCUCCUCCGUACACAUAUCGCAGAGUUGACAAGGGAUAACGAAGCUUUACGUCGAACAUUCAUCGGUAUUCCUAAUAAAAGAAUGAACAAUAUAGAUGUGAAGAAUUCCCAAGUAGGUGAAAGCUCAACACGUCCGAAAGGAAAUAUGAAUAUCACGAGUCCUAAACUCGUCGGAUUAGGAAUGACCCCUACGACACCGUUCAUUCCAACAAGAGGUCCAGCUGGCCUGACGGAUAUAAAGCUGGAAAUGGAGUCUACUACAGACUAUGGAAGACCAGAAGAGAUGAGUACAAGGGGAAAAGGCAAGGGAAUGGAAGAAGAAGUAAAAGGGAGGAUGGAAUAUGGGACAAUUGACCUUAAUGUAGUUAUUGAAAGGGUUAAAAGUCUUUUAAAAGAGAAUGACGAAUUAGGAGAGAUGGUACUUGAAUUAGGAAAGAUAGGUAAAGAAGAAUGGGAAAAAGCUUUAGAAGAAUCUAGAUCUGUUAUAACUUCAUUAGAUGCAGAUUUGACACAUCAUUUAUCUACGAUUCAAUCACUCCGAAAGGAAUUACAAUCUUAUAAAGAACGUUUUGGUCCUCUUAUUUCCAUUCCCGCUCACACUUCUAAACCUCGGAAUGAUACCCCUAACAAAUCAUCGCGGACAGAGAAUAUAUCCACGAAAUCUAUUUCAAGGUCUGAUUCCAGUAGACGUGGGAAUGAGAGACAUCAUGGUGGACAUGAUAGACAUCACGAGAGGUCGGAUUCGAGGUCGAAUAGAGGUCAUAGAGGUUCAAGAGGUUCACGUGAUAGGAGUAGAAGAGAAUCAGAAGUGAGGGUUUCACAAGAUAGAAGAGAGUCUGAAGUGAAGAAUUCUCAAGAUCGAAGAGAGUCUGAAGUGUCGAUAUCGAAAGAAAGAAGAGGAUCAGAAGUGAGGAGUUUAAAAGAUAAAAGGGAAAUCAGAGAUGCGAAAGACGUGAGAGAAAGUCAUGAUCGGUCUGAUAGGAAAUCUGACUCCAAAGAGGCGAAAGAAUCAGAGCAGGAUAAAGAUAAGGAGAGAGGGAAAUCUCAUUCCGCAAGUAUGAACACCACACAUUCUCACGCAGCGAGAAAAAGUCAAGAUGACAGGGAUGAUUUCAAAAGACGACGAUGA